CUGACUCAAAGACACAAAAACACUGAACAGUAAACACGAGGAAUUACUGGAUUACCUACUUACAAAUAAAAUUGCGCUAAAUUAGAUGUUGUAGUUUUUGUUAUUUGCAUUUUUAAUAACAUUAAAAUGUAUCUCAGGUAUUACUUAAACGAUAAAGGCGAUAGAGAGUACACAUUAGCGACGAUCGACCCAUUUGGAAAACCAACAUUGUCAGCACAUCCAGCUCGUUUUUCUCCUGAAGACAAAUACUCAAGACACAGAAUAAUAAUCAAGAAGAGAUUUGGCCUGCUGCUUACACAACAACCUGAACCUAUUCAUUAAAAUAAAUAUUGAUUUACAUUGAAAAUUACCAAAAUGGUCUAAAUUUUGAUACAUUUUAACAAUUCUUUUCAAAAUCUAAGGCACACAGGAUUUAGCAUACAACAGAACACAAAUGGUCUUACAAAAUAUAUUACUUUAUUAUGACUUGCUCUUCCUUUUUCUAAUGAUUUUCAUCUGAUUGUGGUAAUCCUAGGCUACCCCACUGGUACAUAGGGCCCUUACAAGUUGUCUCCAUUUGACCUUGCUCCUUGACAUCAUUCCAAGUCAUGGUGGCAGUACUCAUCUCACUCUCCACAGUGCAUCGAGAAGUAUGUAAAGGAUAACCAGGCUAUAAAUUUAAUAUAAUUUAUUUUUUAUUACAAUAUCUCUUCUUAUGAUUAUGUAAAAUGAAUGCAGUUUCAAAAUAUAUGUUGUAAUAUAGUCAUAAUGUUA